UUACGCACGGGAGUUGCAGCGACGCGCACACGUUCCCAAAGUGUUUUGGGUUUUCAUCCUUUUCUCUUGGCUUCUCAGAAGUAAGGAACAUCACGUUCAACCACAGAAAACACAGGGAUGAACUAUUUUUACCUUAAUGCGCAAAGACAGCAAUGUUCAAGUGAAGAAGCUGGAUAUAUGGACAGGUGUAUUUCAAAGCGCAUCGCAUCAUCAGCAUCAGAAAUGUUCUUGUUGACAAACUGAAAAUGGAUAACCGAUAGCUGGAUUUUAUUCAUCUACAUUUACAGUACAUUUAAGACGCUUUUACAAGAAAACAAAAGUGAGGAGUGCAACAAAGCGAUCCAUCCUAAACGAGGCAAUAACACGAGCACAGAUGUUGAAAGACCAUGCACAUAAAUAAAUGAUGCACUGGGACUCGGAUGCUUCCGGAUGAACAUCUCGUCUAUAGACUGUUGAUCAUGAAUCCUCUGUUUGUGAUGUUUUUGUGCGUACUUUUAAUUUCUGGUUUUGUGCAAGGCUUCUCAGAGUCCAGAUGUGUUGGCCGCGCCUGUAGCCCUCCUAUGGGUAACUUGGCUAUUGGCAGGACCCUCUUCACGCUUUUCAACUCUUCCUGCUCACCGACUCAGUCACGCUGUGUAGCAGAGCUCCAUCCUCCUGCCAUGAUGGCAGAUGACCCAUUUCUUCAUCCAGAUACCUGGUGGGCUUCUGUGGCGACCGCUGGUGAAAAGGAAGAAAUCCGGCUUGACUUGGAGUCACGGUUCUGCCUGAGCCAUGUCGUGAUGUUGUUUCGUUCCCCACGUCCUGCUGCCAUGAGGCUGGAAUGCUCGCGGGACUUCGGUCAGACGUGGGAAACUUUAAAACUGUUUGCCAGGAACUGCAGUGAGAUGUUUGGAGUCCCUGAUGAUGUAAGGCAACCAGGAGCUCUGUGCACAUCCAGAUAUUCCAGUGUGCUCCCAUGCAGCAGAGGAGAGAUCAUAUUCCGGUCCAUAGGAUUAGGAAGUGGGAUUGUUGAUCCUUACAGUCCCGAAGCCCUGUCCCGACUGACCCUGACUAACUUGCGAAUACAGUUUCUAAAGUCUCAGCAUUGUCCAGUCUCUAAAAGCCAGCGGAGUGUCCAGGAUCCCACAUUUUUACCCAAAAUGCAAAGCAGGUCACUCACAGCUAACUCAGAUCAAGAUUCAUCUCCUUUUGCUAUCUACUCUCUUGUGGCUAAAGGGACAUGUUUGUGUCAUGGUCAUGCUGAACACUGCCUUCCUAAAAAUGAUGGACAAGACAGCUUGCAAGAUGGCAAUAUGGUGUCUGGUGUGUGUUUGUGUACCCACCACACAGCUGGUGAACAUUGCGAGAGGUGUGAGCCGCUCUACAAUGAUCGACCCUGGAGAGCAGCCAACGGAAGCAGCGGUGAGAGCAACCCAUGCCAGAAAUGUGAUUGUAAUGGGCACGCAGAAAGCUGUCACUUCUCGCAGCGAGUGUGGUUGUCAACAGGGGGCAGUAGUGGUGGCAUCUGUGACAACUGCCAGCAUAACACCGUGGGUCGCCGGUGCCAGCGCUGCCGCCCCGGAUUCCACCGUCACCCUGCCAGACCCCUCAACUCGCCACAUGCUUGCACACGAUGCUGGUGUGACCCAGUUGGCUCUGUGUCAGCGAGCAGCGAGACACCGUGGUGCCAUCCCAGAAGUGGGCAGUGUCACUGUAAACCCGGUGUGGGUGGCACCACCUGCAGUCAUUGUCUCCCGGGGUACUGGGGCUUCGGAGAGGAAGGCUGCAAAGUUUGUGUGUGCCCUCUGACCUGUGACCCCAUCACUGGUCAUUGUCUAGACAGCAGAGGGAAUGUCAAGCUUUACAAUGUACGCAUUGGUGGGAAAAUUCCUGAACUGUCCCACAUUAAACCUCAAGAGGAUGAGAGGGUGUGGCCUAAAGAACUGGCCAUCUCUGCGCUGUACUACACAGGGAAGUGUAGCUGUAAGGAGAAAAGGCUAAAAAGUGUGUCUGAUCUUUGUAAGAUGAAACAUGCAUAUGUUAUCAAUGCCAGCGUGUUAUCCGCUCAUGAUAAAGGCACACACGCUGUUGUUCAGGUUAAAGUGAGGAAGGUGUUUCGUUCUGGAAAGCUGCCUCUCUCACAGGGCACGCACACACUGUACCCGCUCUCCUGGACCAGCCGGGGAUGCACCUGCCCCAUUCUUAACCCAGGUGGGAAUUAUUUGCUGGCCGGUCCAGAAGAGGUCAAAUCAGGGAGGCUAUUGGUCACCAUGCAGAGCCUGGUGGUGCCCUGGACCCCAACCCUGGGCUUUCAAGUUAUAGAAGCACUGCACCAGGGCUGCCUUUGAGGCUCUUAACCCGAAUGCUAAAACUUGAAAGCCUUUUCAGACUUGUGUAAAACAUGUGCCAUCAGACCAAAGCACACAGCUGGAAAAUAUGAAUUAUCAUGGAUCAGAUGGAACUGAGUAAUGUGAUCAAUUACCAGAUGAUCGACUUGAUAUAAAGCACAAUUGCUUUUCCUAGUGGCUGUUGUUUUGUGAACACUGGAUUGGAAACAGAUGGAGUAGGACAAACUGAUCAUCCCUCACAUAACCACAUAUGAUAUUGUAGCCCAUACCAUUGAUCAAAGAAAUGAAGACACCUCCAGAAUUAAUUUAAACACCGUACUUUCCAAACAAACCGAUAACUGAGAAAGAUAAAGUCAAGUUAUUGGAGCACACCAGUAUACAUAUUAACUUGAAGUCAUGCUACUGUUUUAUUUCAUUGGGUUUAAUAUUUCUACUCUUUAGAUUUUUGAAGAUGUCAACAUUAUUAAUAUAACUGAAUGCAGAUCUUUGAAUAAAAGGACUGCAGGACAUUUGUGACCCAGGGCUACGAAACCAGUCAUACGUAGCACUGGAUUAUUUGUAGCAGUAGGCAAAAAUACAUUGUAUGGGUCAAUAAUAAAUUUAUUGUGCCAAAAAUCAUUAUGAUAUUAAGUGAUGAUCACAUUCCAUUUUGUUUUCCUACUGUAAAUAUAUCAAAACUUUAUUGUUCAUUAGUAAUAUAAGACUUCAUUUGGACAACUUAAAGGAACACUCCACUUUUUUGAAAAUAUGCUCAUAUUACAGCUCCCCUAGUAUUAAAAAUUAGAUUUUUAUCAUUUUGGAAUCCAUUCAGCUGAUCUCCGGGUCUGGCGCUAGCAUAUUUAGCAUAGGUUAGCAUAAUCCAUUAAAUCAAAACAAAUCUUAAAAAUAAGAAAAAGAAGAAAACAUCUCUUAUACUGGGAAAAAUCUUAUCUAGUUUAUGAUGAUCUGGUUUGUGUGGCUUUGUAAUGGAAAUGUAUUUUAUUUUUAUUUUUUUGUGUUUUUUUUUAUUUAUUUUUUAUUUUUUUCUCUGUGUAAACUAUGUAUGUUAAUGUAGUAAGGUCUGUUAUGCGUCUCCCCCUGUUAUGUAUGUUAUGUAUUGUUGUUCGUUUUCUUUUCUGUAAUGUUAAAUGAACAUGCAAUAAAAAAAUAAAAAAUAAAUAAAAAAAAAUAAUCCAUUAAAUCUGAUUAGACCAUUAGCAUCGCGCC